AUGGUGGUACUACAAAAUGCCGGGAACGACUCUAUGCAGCUACCCUCGAAAGGAGGCCACAUUCCGUGCCGCCUUGCGGACAGUGUGUACAGCUCACGGGCCGCUGGUGGAGUGAAUUAUUUUCUCUGUGAUUUUGGCAAUGACCUUGCCGUUUCCAUAGAUAUCCCUUCGCAGCCUGUUGUGACAUGUAUUGUCUUCGUUUCGUUCCAUUUGGCUGUCUCUCCAAAUGCUUGCAUGUAUAUCCUCGCGCAGCCUGUUGCGCCCUGUAUCUUUUGUUUCAUUUGGAUGUUCUCCAAAAUGCCCUCAUGUAUAUCUCUGCGCAGUCUGUUGCGCCAUGUAUGGUACCGUUCCGCCUUGCGGACAGUGUCUACAGUGCACGGGCUGUUGGUGGAGACAGUGAAAUGUCUUUCUGCGAUGCUUUGUAACGAUCUCGAUAUCCAAACUCUGGUCCGAUUCGUCCUUGAAUUAUCACUCGUUCUCUGUUUUCUUGAAGGACCGGUCUCUGUAUCCCUAUCUGGAUGUUAA